CACCCUUCCCGGGGCAGGCAGGUCUGCCGGCGCCCCCCGCCCGCCCGUCGCCAUGGCAACCGGACAGGCCGCAGCCCGCCAGUGCCGUGUUUCUCCCCAGGGGCGGCUGCCGCCGCAGGGGCCGGGUCUGGCGGCGCCGUUCACCGCUCCGCUCCCCAGGCGCAGCAGCCGCUGCCUCUCCCCGCGGCGCCGGGAAGGGACGCCCUGCGUCCCUGGGGCUGAGAGAAGCCGUGGCCGCCGGGCUGUGCCCGCGGCGGGCGGGGCCAGGCUCGGCCCCAGCCUGGCUGCGCCACCGCGGGGGAGCAGAGGAGGAGGAGGCAGAGGAGGGACUCUGCAGCGGCAACAACUGACGUGUCCCCGCCAUGGAACUCGGCGUGAUUCAUCAGCCGCGGCGGGGCGGCAGCGAGGUGCCGCGCUCCGUCCCCGCGUAGGCACGGCCGCGGCGGGGGCAGCCCCGGCACCGUUCUGCCGCCCGCACCGCCCUCUGCUCCUCGGCGUCUGUCCCUCUGCCCCCGCGGCUACGCGAGGAUCCCGGGGGAGGCAAGAUGGAAGAAAUCCUGCGAAAGCUGCAGAAGGAGGCGUCGGGGAGCAAGCACAGGGCCAUCAAGGAGAGCUGCACCUGGGCCAUCGAAACGUUGGAUUCUCCUGAUGCUGCUAUCAAGAUACCUCCAUACCAGCUAAGGGAGAAGUGUCUCCUUCCUCUCCAACUGGCUCUGGAAUCGAAGAGCAUGAAACUGGCCCAACAGGCUCUAGCAGGCAUGCAGAAGCUACUAUCUGAUGAGAGGUUUGUAUCCGUGGAAACAGACUCAGAUGAGAAACAGUUGCUUAAUCAGAUGCUGAAUGCCGUCAAAGUGACUCCUUCACUCAACGAAGACCUACAGGUUGAAGUGAUGAAGGUCUUGCUCUGUAUAACAUAUACCUCCACAUUUGAGCUGAAUGGGAGUUCAGUAUUGAAGAUUGCUGAGUUGUGUUUUGCAUGCCAUAGAGCUGGAAGUCCCCGAAUGCAUGAAAUGAUCAAAAUGUCCAUUGCACACCUCCUUGGGGCCCUGAGCUCUCGCAUUUUUACUGGUGCUUCUUCAUCAAUGGCUUUUCACAAGGUUUGCAUUGAGACAUAUGUAUCUAGCUAUCACCAGCGGAGCAUUAACACCGCUGUGCGGGCAACCCUCAGCCAAAUGUUGAGUGACUUGACUUUACAGUUACGACAAAAGCAAGAAAAUAUGACAAUUGAAAACCAUGACACCUUGCAGAAAUUCAAGAGUCAAGGUACUGCAACUGAGUCUCUUUGUGAUGAUGUUGUAUCUGUCCUCACUGUGCUCUGUGAGAAGCUCCAGGCUGUCAUAAAUGACAAUCGGCAACUUCAGCUUCUUUACUUGGAGUGCAUCCUCUCCAUGUUAAACAGCUCCUCUCCCAGCAUGCACCAGCACAAAGGGUUCACUGAUCUCAUAUGGAAGCAACUGUGUCCAGCCCUAGUAGUAAUCCUGGGAAAUCCAAUCCAUGACAAAACUAUCACCUCUGCUCACAGCAACAUCUGCCUUGAGGCUGAUUCACCUUCCUCAGGGAUCUCUGAUCAUGGCCGGGGUUCAGGUUGUUCCUCCACAGCACCUGCCCUGAGUGGGCCCGUUGCACGGACCAUAUAUUACAUUGCAGCAGAACUGGUUCGACUGGUGGGGUCAGUGGAAUCCAUGAAGCCUGUGCUGCAGUCUCUUUAUCACCGGAUAUUACUUUACCCACCACCUCAGCACCGAGUAGAGGCCAUCAAAAUCAUGAAAGAGAUACUUGGUAGUCCUCGGCGGCUUUGUGAUUUGGCAGGGCCCUGCUCUUCUGAGUCAGAAUGCAGGAAGAGGUCUAUUUCUAAAAGGAAGUCACAUCUGGAUCUCCUCAAGCUUAUCAUGGACGGCAUGACGGAAGCCUGCAUCAAAGGUGGUAUUGAGGCAUGUUACGCUUCGGUGUCCUGCGUCUUUGCCCUGCUUGGGGCAUUAGAUGAGCUGAGCCAAGGGAGGGGUCUUAGUGAAGAGCAGAUCCAGCUGCUACUCCAGCGCGCAGAAGAAUUGAAGGAUGGGACUGAGACAAGCAGAGACUCCAUGGAGAUCAAUGAUGCUGACUUUCGGUGGCAGAGGCGCAUCCUGUCCUCAGAAAAUCCUGCCUGGGAAUCAGGAAAUGAGAAGAGUCCUGAUAUUAGCAUUAGUGUUACCACAGACACUGGUCAGACCACUUUGGAAGGGGAUAUGGGACAGACAACUCCAGAGGAUAAUCCAGAAAGUCAGAAAAACUCACUGCCAUCUCCAGCUGGACAUGAAAGCAAAGAGAUUCAUUACAGAGAACCGGAGUCAGAAACCAUCGACCAGCCAGAUGUUGUUCAGAGAAGCCACACCAUAGUCUAUCCAGAUAUAACUAACUUCUUAUCAGUUGACUGCAAGACCCGGUCCUAUGGAUCCAGAUACAGUGAAAGUAACUUCAGUGUAGAUGACCAGGACCUUUCUAGGACUGAAUUUGAUUCAUGUGAUCAGUAUUCCAUGGCAGCAGAGAAGGACUCUGGCAGGUCAGAUGUCUCAGACAUAGGCUCUGACAAUUGCUCCUUGGCUGAUGAGGAGCAGACACCACGGGACUGUCCAGGCCACAGGUCCUUACGUACUGCUGCUCUCUCUCUGAAAUUGCUGAAAAACCAAGAAGCAGACCAGCACAGUGCACGGCUGUUCAUCCAGUCACUUGAAGCUCUUCUUCCUCGGCUUAUAGCUCUUCCCAGCAUAGAGGAGGUGGAUGGAGCACUGCAGAGCUUCUCUUCGACCUUCUGCUCAGUUACUCACCUUAUCCACGCCCCCAAAGUGACGACAGUGGAAAGUCCGAGAAGGCAGCAACACAGAGCUUGCAAACCCUCACGAGGUAUGAUGCACUCACCGGGAUUUGAGGGAAACCUAAAUUUCAGCUUCCAGACUCUAAUGAAUGCAGACAGUCUCUACAUGGUCUCACAUUACACUUUGCUGCUGAACCUAAAAUUGGCCAACUCGGAUUACUACCGGAAGAAGCCUGCCCAAGCCCCUGUGUUGCUGAAGGAAUUCAUGAAGCAGGUCCAGUCCAGUGGAGUGUUGAUGGUAUUUUCCCAGGCCUGGGUUGAAGAACUGUACCACCAGGUACUAGAAAGGAACAUGCUGGGGGAAGCUGGAUACUGGGGAAGCCCCGAGGAGCACAGCCUUCCACUUAUCACCAUGCUGACCGACAUCGAUGGCUUGGGAAGCAGUGCAGUUGGUGGCCAAUUGAUGGCAUCUGCUUCAGCUCAAUCUCCUCUUUCCCAAAACCAGAAGACAGAUGAUUCUGUUGUUGCAGGAGUUGCUUUUGCCCGAUACCUUUUAAUCGGCUGUUGGAAGAACUUGAUUGACACUUUGUCCACACCACUGACUGGCCGCAUGGCAGGCAGCUCAAAGGGGCUCGCCUUCAUCUUGGGAGCAGAAGGAGCCAAGGAGCAGAACCAAAAGGAGAAGGACUCCAUCUGCGUGAGCCUGGAUGGACUGAGGAGGGCAGCCCGGCUGAGCUGUGCUCUAGGAGUUGCUGCUAACUGUGCAUCUGCUCUUGCCCAAAUGGCUGCUGCCUCCUGUGUCCAAGAAGAGAAAGAUGAAAAAGAAAUCCAAGAGCCCAGUGAUACUAUAGCUCAAGUGAAACAGAAAGUGGAGCAGAAACUGGAGCAGAUGGGGAAAGUGCAGGGAGUCUGCCUGCACACUGCUCAUGUUUUGUGCAUGGAUGCAGUCCUUAAUGUGGGCCUGGAGAUGGGAAGCCACAAUCAGGACUGUUGGCCUCAUGUGUUCAGGGUGUGUGAGUACAUCAGCACACUGGAGCACACCCACUUCAGUGACGGUGUUUCCCAGCCCUCCCUUACCAUCACCCAGUCACAGCAGGCACCUGGAGGGCUGCACCCGGACUCUGAGCCUGGAGAGUCUCCCCAGGCACUGACCCCUGAGCAGGAAACCACCCUCAGCAGCAAUCCUGUCAUUCAGCCGGUUUCUAUUCAGGAACUCGUCAAGGAGAGCAGUAAGGGCAGAGCUUUUGACUUCCGGGGAGGCAGCCUGCUAUGUGGGACCAGUGCUGCCAAGGCUGUUCUCACACUCUCCACACAAGCUGACAGGCUCUUUGAAGAUGCUGCUGACAAGCUAAACCUGAUGGCAUUGGCAGGCUUCCUUUACCAGCUCAAGAAGGCUUCUCAGGCCCAGCUUUUCCAUUCAGUCACAGAUACAGUUGAUUACUCCCUUGCAAUGCCAGGUGAAGUAAAAUCUACCCAGGACAGGAGAAGUGCACUUCACUUGUUCAGACUCGGUGAUGCUAUGCUCAGAAUUGUAAGGAGUAAAUCUCGCCCAUUGCUCCACCUCAUGCGCUGCUGGAGCCUGGUGGCACCUCACCUUGUAGAGGCUGCUUGUCAUAAGGAGAGACAUGUGUCUCGGAAGGCUGUCUCCUUCAUCCAUGACAUCCUCACUGAAGUGCUGACGGACUGGAAUGAGCCUUCUCAUUUUCACUUUAAUGAGGCACUUUUCCGCCCCUUUGAGCGUAUCAUGCAGCUAGAGCUGUGUGAUGAGGAUGUCCAAGACCAGGUGGUCACCUCUAUAGGAGAAUUGGUGGAAAUGUGUUCUACCCAGAUCCAGUCAGGAUGGAGACCCCUGUUCAGUGCUCUGGAAACAGUGCACAGCAGCAGCAAGUCCGAGGUUAAAGAGUACCUCGUAGGAGAAUAUUCUAUGGGGAAACGCCAGGCUCCGGUGUUUGACGUCUUUGAAGCAUUUCUAAAUACAGACAGCAUCCAAGUCUUUGCUAAUGCUGCCACCAGUUAUAUUAUGUGCCUUAUGAAGUUUGUCAAAGGACUGGGGGAAGUAGAUUGUAAGGAGAUGGGUGACUGUGUGCCAGGAUCAGGAUCUGCAUCUACAGACUUGUGCCUUCCCGCGCUUGAUUACCUCAGGAGAUGUUCUCAGUUGUUAGCCAAAAUCUAUAAAAUGCCCUUGAAACCCAUCUUCCUCAGUGGCCGGCUGGUUAACUUGCCCCGAAGAGUGCAGGAACAGUCAGCCAGCAGUGAGGAUGGUAUUGAGUGCAUCCUUUCUGACUUUGAUGAUGACACUGGCCUUAUCAAUGUCUGGAUUAUUCUGCUGGAAGAAUUAACAACUGCCAUAUCCAACUGUCCCCGCCAGCACCAGCCUCCUACUCUGGAUCUGCUCUUUGAAUUGCUGAGGGACGUUGCCAAGACACCCGGCCCGGGAUUUGGCAUUUACGCAGUUGUACAUCUUCUUCUUCCCGCGAUGUCUCUUUGGCUCCAUCGCAGCCAUGGUGACCAUUCUUACUGGGAUGUGGCAUCUGCUAAUUUCAAGCAUGCCAUUGGCCUUUCCUGUGAACUUGUAGUGGAACACAUUCAAAAUUUCAUACACUCAGAUAUUGGUUAUGAAAAUAUGAUCAAUACUAUGCUGAAAGAUCUUUUCAAGUUGCUGGUAGCCUGUGUAGCAGAACCAACAGAAAUUAUUUCCAGAGUUGGCUGCUCUUGUAUCAGGUAUGUGUUAGUGACAGCAGGGCCUGUUUUCACUGAAGAGAUGUGGAGGCUUGCAUGUUGUGCCUUGCAGGAUGCGUUCUCUGCCACUCUGGAGCCAGUAAAGAACCUGUUGGGCUAUUUCCACAGUGGUUCUGAAAGCUUUAGUGGAGAUGCCUGUGAAGUGAAAGUGGCAGCCCCCUCCCUCUCGCCAAGCGCUGAAGCUGAAUACUGGAGAAUCAGAGCAAUGGCACAACAGGUCUUCAUGCUGGAGACUCAGUGCUCCCCAAAGACCCCUAGCAACAAGGAAGGGUUUGAACACGCCCAGUCGUGCGUGCUCAUCAUUGACCUGCCACCAGAUAAGAAACCAAAUGGGCAUACCCAGAGAAGUAUUCCUUUCAGGACCAUAGUGGUGAGCUUGCUGUCUCACCAAGUACUGCUCCAGAAUUUAUAUGACAUCUUACUGGAAGAAUUUGUGAAAGGCCCUUAUAACAUGGAGGAGAAAAUGACAAUACAAGUACCAGAAAACAAGUUGGCUGGUUUUCUCAGGUACAUCUCCAUGCAAAACCUGGCUGUCAUCUUCGACUUACUGCUGGACUCCUACAGAACAGCCAGAGAGUUUGACACUAGACCUGGGUUGAAGUGUUUGCUGAAAAAAGUGUCUGGCAUUGGUGGAGCUGCCAACUUAUAUCGCCAGUCAGCCAUGAGCUUCAACAUCUACUUCCAUGCUUUGAUUUGUGCAAUCCUGACAAACCAGGAGAACAUCACUGCAGAACAAGUGAAGAAGAUCCUCUUUGAAGAUGAUGAGAGAAGCACAGACUCAUCACAGCAGUGUUCUUCAGAAGAUGAAGACAUUUUUGAAGAAACUGCCCAGGUCAGUCCCCCACGAGGGAAAGAGAAGAGACAGUGGAGGGCUCGAAUACCAUCCCUGAGUGUACAGCCUGUCAGCAAUGCAGACUGGGGAUGGCUAAUCAAGCGGCUUCAUAAGCUCUGUAUGGAACUGUGCAACAACUAUAUCCAGAUGCAUCUGGACCUGGAGAAUAAUGUAGAGGAGCCUCCAGUGUUCAAAGGUGACCCUUUCUUCAUUUUACCAUCCUUUCAUUCAGAAACCUCCACCCCAUCGACCGGAGGGCAAUCUGGGAAGAACACACCAUCAGAAGAUGACCGCAGUCAAAUCAGGGACCAGCUGGGGGACAGCCUGACACCCCGAGGAGAAAUGUUGCUACUUCCCCCACCCCUAAGUCCUAAACCAGAGAAGAAAGAGCAAACCAGGAAAAAAGAAUGGUGGGAGAGUGCUGGCAACAAGAUCUACACCAUAGCCACGGACAAAACUAUCUCCAAGCUCAUGACAGAAUACAAGAAAAGAAAGCAGCAACAGGCCAUGACAUCCUUCACCAAAGAGGUCAAAGUGGAAAAGAAAGGGGAGCUCCUGGGUUCAAGAGGGUCAGACUCACCCAUACUCCAGCGGCCACAACAUCUUAUAGAUCAAGGUCAAAUGAGGCAUUCAUUCAGUGCUGGUCCAGAGAUCCUGAGACAAGAGAAGAGACCGCGCUCAGGAUCCACAGUCAGUUCGCUGAAUAUAUCUGUUAGGGAUGCCGAGGCUCAGAUACAGGCAUGGACCAACAUGGUGCUGACAGUUCUCAAUCAGAUUCAGGCCCUGCCAGACCAAAUGUUCACAGCCCUGCAGCCAGCGGUGUUCCCCUGCAUCAGCCAGCUGACCUGCCACGUGACAGAUAUCCGCGUCCGCCAGGCAGUGCGGGAAUGGCUGGGAAGAGUGGGCCGAGUUUACGACAUCAUCAUUUAAACCGAGGUGUGCUCUGUUGCAAAGGGGAGACGAUAUCCAAGGUAUACAGCAAAGAAGUAUUUGGGGUUCAUUAAUUGCCUGUUUGUUGGUGAUCAAUUAAGAAACAAUGAGCUUGUUGAUGUAUAUCCUCUAUCCACUUGAGACUGUGUGUCCCUCACUCACACUAGCAAAGGAGGCAAAGCAUGAGUGUGUCCAGGGGGGUCUGGAAUGGCCCCAGAAACUGCCAGUAAGUCAGCCUAGUACCUGAAGGGGUGAUACAUUUCAGUAGCCUUCAUUUUAAUUGAAAUGUGCAAUAGUGGAGCCACAUGAAACUGCAGCUGAACUUCCACACUUCCAGUUAGCUGUGAACACCACUGUCAUCUGGAUGUCAAACCAGGCCAGUAGCCUAUGUAUCUUUAAAAAUAUAAAUAAAAGUCAGGAAAAAAGUGAGGCUAUAGGACAAGUAAAAAGGUGACACUUGUUUAGGGUAACUUUUUUCCCUUCUGAAAUUAGCAUGAGAGAGGAAAGCCAAAAAAUAUUAUUGUGCUAACUAUGCCUCACUGACUAGAGAAAGUGGAAAUUUAAUUUGCUCUGAGAAGAGCCUUUGAAGUCUGGUCACAUUUGGGGUAGCUAAAAAGUGACUAUAUAAAACAUCCCAGGUCUAAAACUGGUGAACCAAGCACAGACUAUUCAUCCUUUCAUCGCUUUUGUGGAGUAUUGCUUGAAGAGAAAUGGCACAGUCAAGCUGCCCUCUCUACAACACUACGCUGGCUGCCUCUUCUGCUGAUCGUUUUCCACGUGUCUAAUUCCCCUUAAGGGCAACAGGGAAGUUUGUUUUGCUGUUUCCAGUGAAGCUGAGGGGAAGACGCACCACAGAGCAAAUACCAGCAUGUGCCAAUAUCCAGCACUCACCUAAACAUAGUAAAGUGUUCCAGUUUAAGCAACACUACAGCUAAGUUAGCUUAUGCUUUUACUGGAAACGUAUAUGUUCACUUAUUUAGAGCAGCUGUAGCCAGGAGCACCCUUCUCUCCUAUGAUGAACUUAGCCUAUUACUCCACAAUGAGCUGAAUCGAGGUGGAAAAUAGUCUGAAAGGAUCUUUCCUAUUUCUCUCCCAUUUCUAGUCUGCUGAUGUAAACAGGAGGAGACAGAUCCUCACAGAGGUACAACCCCUCUGUGCAGCCAUUUGAUAGCAACUACAACAAUUUGCUGGUAUUUUUAGGGUUGGGAGAAGGGGAAAGAUUUUGUAUUGUCAGAUACAUAUGUGACACUGUUCACAGUGGACACAGCAAAGGGUUACCUUGCUGCACAAGUUAUGUCACAGCCCCUGGGACAUUCCAUCUCAUUUGUUGAUUAGAAGGCAAAAUAAUUUGUUGAAAAUAAGCUGAUUUUAAUCUUGGCUGACCCCUUAAUGACAUUCUCCCAAGGCUUUUGAAAUGUGCACACCAACUAAAUAUACAGCUUCAGUCCCUGCUCCAAAGCAUCCUCAAAAUGGCAUCUCUUUAUAUCAGGUCUGCAUUUUGCACAACUUUUAGCAUCUUAAACUAAGCAAACAGAGGGAGCCAGGAGGCUUCACUGAACAGCCAUCACACAAGCUGAUGUGUUUACAAAGAGUCUGCCACCAUCCUCCUGCCUCUUUCCCUCCUGUCCCAUUUGUCACCUGCUAGACUUGUGCAGGGAAUAUUUCUCCCGUAACCUUCCGUAGCAUCGGUCACCCUGUUUCCUUUUCUUUCAAAACUUGCCUUUGCUUCAUUGUUUCACAGACAUAAAAAUUCCUGAAAACCAACUCUUUCUUGCUGCCUACAUUGACUUUAUAAAGGAGUAAUUUAACUAUUUCAUCAACUGUCAUUUUUCCCCCAACAGCAGUAAUACUUGGUUGGAGAUAGGUGAGAUCAGCCCUUGGUAUAUAGGAGAGUAGUGGCGUGGUUUGAUUUCUGUUGGCGUGUCUUUCUUACACAUCUUUAGGUAGGGUAAAAGGGUGGUUAUAUUUUUUUGUUUAAGUUUUUAUUGGGCAUCUAUACAGAACUGCUUUUAAAGCAGUGCAUUAAUUAGGCAGCAACAGAAAUCAGAAUAAUUAACUGUAUGCAAAACCCCCAAAUCUUUUUCAUUAUACACGCAUCAAAUGGAUGCAGAUCCUUGUUGCACUAGUCUUAAAACUAAAGCAAAUCCCUAAAUUAUGUUGAAGGAGCAAAAUUGAUAGCAGUACCACUGGAAUCACUCAAGACUCCAGAAGAGGGCCUACUAUCCCAGAAAUAUGGUGGAUAUGUGUCUUGGUUGUAAUACCAAGAUCCUUCUGUAAAAUAAAAAGAAAAGCUCUAGGAGUGACAAUGCCACCACCCCUACCACCCCCUCUGAAGCCCAUGAACACAGCACAGCUUAAUGAUAUUUGAUUAGCCACCAUCUUGUCCCAAAGUACCAUUUCAACUUUUCACACUAGAAAUACCAUAUUGGAAAUGAGUAGGAGUAAGAUUUCUGUAUUGCUGUUGCCCUGUUUUAAACUUUGCUCUCGAAAUUAUGCACUAAGUGCCCAUUGUCACCGUUAAUGCCUCUGCACAUUAACACCGCUCCAUAAGAACUCAUGAGUAACAUCUUAAAAUCUUGCAGGCAACCACGAACAGAGCAAGUUGCUGUUGGCCAGCAUCAACUGCUUUUUCUCACAUGGAACAGCUCAUCACCAUGUAAAUAUUUAAAGCUGAAAAAAAAGCAGCCUACACAUCAAUGGAGUGCUACUUGUCUUGUAUAACAGGAGGAGGGUCUGACCCCAAUUGAUAUGGUUUCAGGCCAUUGUAUAUGUUUGCACUUUAUCCUGUAGUGUGAAUAUAUGCAGAAAUGAGAGACUAUUUAUGUAUUUCUGUAUAGAUUCCUUUAGCUCCUGUCACUACCAUACUCUGAGCAUUUUGCAUUUUUACAGAGCAAUAUCCACAUUCGUAGUAUGUUUAUCAUCUUCUGUGAAUAUUUGUGUCACACCAGCAAUGGUUAGCACAGUUGUUCUGGUACCUUCCCCAUAGCAGUCUUUUCUGAGCGUUUAGCAGCCACAGAAUUACCACCGUCUCUUGGUCAAAAUGCUUUCAUGUCUUUAAGCUGUUAAAAUACAGAUUUUUAUAUUCUCCUAGGGAUGAACGCUCACUUGAGAAUAGCUGACUUAGUUUAGCAUCCAGAAAAAAUUAUUAGGAAAAGAUUUACACAGACCUGGGCAAAACUUUCCCUGUAAAACUCCAAGCACGGGCAACACAGCUUUUGUGUCAUCGCAGAUAAAAAAAAUUCAUUCUGGACAAUAGCUGGCUCAUGUCAACACCAAGCAGCAUUUACACCCAUGACCUGUAAGGUACUUUGCCUUUGAAUUUGAGUUUAAAGUUUUGUUUAAAACCUAAACCUUCCUGUAAAAUUCACUGAGAAAUCCUCACCUGCCAAAGAUACAACCCCCACCUCUAAAUACCUUGUGUUACCGUAUGUCAUCUCCAUCUGCACUUGAUAUAGUAGCAUCUGCGUUUUGGUGUCUGCACUGCAGAGCUCAGCGCAGCAUCAGAGUGAAACCGAGCGGCAAACACGUUAGCAAGCAGAGAGGUCCCACUCCCUGUGCUGCCUGCACUUUGUGCCUCUCCCCACAGCUCAGGCCCACCAUCAGAGUGCCCAGACGGUGGAAAUCAAUGCAGGUUACCUACCUGGAUAUCUUUAAUACUCAGGACUCAAUCCUUCAAUCCCUACAUGCAAGUUCACAAGUUCUCAGUAAGGGGAAAGCCCUGUACAGUUCCUGAUGUUGCCCUCAAUGCACCUCCUGCUUGAAAAAACAUCUACAGGAACCAGCGCGUAUUCCAAUACAUCCCAAUGCCUCAAAACUAGAACCUUCACUUUUGCACAGAUCCAGUUUUAACAUGUAAGAGGCUGACCACAGCAAGCCAAAGUAAUUUAUUUCUACCUAGCCCUUCUGUGUAGGAGCUUAUCUGGAAAUUGAGCAUGUGGUUUGGCUAUUGUCAACUUUAGUAAUCCAUUCAGUGAUAAAUAGCUUUUAAUUCACCAAAAAAAAAAAAGUUAAGUCCUUUCUUCCCUUGCCCCUGUUUCUGUGAGGGUGUUCUGAUACGUUUAUGAUUAAUCAAGCUAUUUACUCAUUACUGUAGUUAUAGUCAUUUCAGGGAAGAUACAAAAUAGAGUUAGGUUUUUCUCCAUUUCGGAUCAUUCCACAAUUGUUUGAAGAAAUGAUGCAAUACCAUCAGUUAAAAAUAAUUUUAAAAAAAGUUAAUUUUCUUUUUAGUAUAAAAGGACCAAGUUACCAUAGCACAGAAGCACAACCGUUGGAUUUUUAUGCAAUGUAGAUAACAGCAUCUGGCAGCUAGAGACCCCUCUUCUCUGAACCUUCCUUUUUGAGUAGAGCUUCUGUAGGGAUACAAUGUCAGGGUCUCUUGGCAGCCCUCACCAGCAGCACACCUGGGACUUCAGGAAAUUGUACGGCUGCAAAGAAGAAGUCGUAGCUCCUCUUUCUGUUGUUUCCUCUAAUCCCCUUCAGAACAUAUACUUUAUAUGUGACACUAGCUGUAUCAUACUAUACAAACGGCUUUGGCCACACAUGGCGGGCUGCCUAUGUAAAAAGAAAAUAUAAAAGCAUGUGGUGCAAGUAUUCAUCAGUCUUUUUCACUUAGUGCUCAGAGGUCUCCAAGCUAAGAACUAAAAGCAGAGGGAAGAAGAAAUGCCCUAAUUCUGUGGAUAUUGGUGGAGCUACGCUCUAUGAUCCUGGAUUAAUGCAAAAAUGAGCUCACCUAUGGGACAAGAUCCCUCAAAUCCCCUUUAUUUUUGGCAGAUGAUACACAAGUUGAGGUUUGCAAAGUCUCCACUGCCACAUUGAACCAGGGAACUGAGUUUAUGGAGGGCAUUUUUUUUGUUAAGAAACAUGGCAACAGGAUCUAUUUCAAUUCUUUUACCUAAUGUCCCACUUUUCCAUAAAUUUCAUCCAAAUGCUGUGGAACACCAGGGCCCUAUUUCCUGUCUGUGCAUUUGGUUCACCUGGGUUGCAGGGCAGUGCCAAUGCUUCCACAAGCAAGAGCUAAAACAAGAGAGCUGAGCUAGUGGAGAGGCACAGGUACAUGGGUUCAAGCAUGGGACAAAUAUCACCUGCACAAGCAGGCUGUGGCGCCUGAGCCCCUGCUCUGCAGAGCAAAGCAGGAUUCGAUACCAAAGGGACAACAGCCAGGAAGGGCAGAGCACCAUGGUGACAGAGCCCUGUGCUGCACAGUGCUUGCUGAGUAGACGGGAGCGAGAGAUUGAAAAGUAUGCAAUGACAGCAGCGAGCACCUUCUUUCUGUUCCCCUCACUUUCUCUCCCUCACCCCUUUAAUUGUCAUUAUUUGUGAGACUGUACGCAUACUUCCAUGGGCCCUUCAACCAGAAGUGAAAACUGAAAGCAAGCCAAAGGGAGUGGACACUCCAUUUUGCCAAAGAUCUAAUACUUUCCUGUUCAAAAAGGAAAAAGAAAAAAAAAAAUAAAUCAAAUUCUAUUUCCAUGAUGAUGGUUGUCAUAGGAAGCAUUUUCCCACAAAACAUCAUUCCCAGGACUUCAUGUCUCUAGCUGUAUAUUCAGGAGGAGCCAUUAAUACUUUCUAAGAGAGACUGUAAAUCACCUUGUCAAGCAAGUGCUUACAUUGGCUUUACCUUCUACUGAGUUCAUACUGAGCUGCAGUUCCCCAGUCUCAUCCAUUUUUCCUCCCUCUACCCUUCUGCUGUUCUUUAGAAAAAACACCUCCCUGUGUCUGCCGCGUCCUGUUGUGCUGCUAGCUUUGUUUGGUCCUUGGGUGUCCAGUGGUCAGGCAGUCACUGUAAGCUGGCUUGCAAAUUGUAUUUUGUGUAUAUUUUAUUCUGACUGAAUUCUGAAAUGGAAAUAUUUUAAAACAAAAAUGAUAAACUAUUUAUGUUGCUUGUGUUGUAGAAUAAAGGGGCAAAUGCAAAAUAAAUCAUGCUUUGUUUUUGUCUGAA